CGCGGACUGCGCAUUCGUCUUCCCUUGGGCCCUACUCGUGUAUGUGUGUUCAUACAACGUACACGUAAGCAUUUCGUAAGCAUAUGUGCGAAAAGGUGUUCUUCCCACCCCACAUCAUCGUGAAACAAACAACUUAUUGGUCGAACGGUGACGGAGCAGCGAACCCGCGUCAUCUCUCCAUAAAUCAAGUUUUUCUCCAUUCUCGAAGGGUUCUUCUUGCUUUCAGGGGUUGCCGAAGAAGUCGGCCAUCUACUCGCAGACUCGUCGAAACCGAGGCAAAAAAAAAACCCCAAAAGAAGGGUGCCAGGAGCAAGCAGCCCAAGAAACGCGCUUCUUGGGAAUGUUCGAUGAAGGCCAAACGUACAGCCGGUGAUCUUGUGCCGAUUCCUGUCAAGAUUAUCGAUCGAGGACCUGAUGUUGCCCUGGCAUACACAUAUCUUGGAGACGCCGUGUGGGAACUUUACGCAAGACAGCACAUGAUACUCCGCUCAGCAGAGAAAGCCGGUCGAACUUCACCCUGCGGCACUGUGAUACGGCCACAGGAGGCCACUAAACUCAACUGGUGUUCGUCAGUAGCAAUGAGUGACCACCUGGCGCGUCUGCUGGCUGACGGUACAAUUACCGAUGACGAAAUCAGCAUUCUCGAAUGGGGACGCAACUUUGGCCACGAGUCCCGCUCAGGACACAAAACACUUCAACAUCGUGAGGCUUCUUCUCUCGAGGCUUUGAUUGCUUAUUGGUACCUUUUUGACCAGGAUCGCCUGCACUUGGUCCUCUCACACCUCGGAAUGAUAUUGUGCCGGCAGCCUGUUAGUCAAUUGACCUCUGUACAGGUAAAGGUUACCAUGUCGAAUGUCAGGCAUGGACGCGUUGGCACAACUUACGAUAAUUUGGGAACUCACUAUAACUUCAAGAGUGGACAAUACUGUGAUGUUUCUGAGGCGUCCUGAAUUGAAUUUUCAGUGCCAUCGAGUAUCAUAUUGUUAAGUGUAUUUACGUAGACUAGUUUAGAUCAGCCUAGAAAACGACAUCGCCUCACAUUUAAUCUGACACAGUCUCACGACUAUAAGAU